AUGACAAGGUUCGCCUAUAAUUCUACACUAGUUGCCUGUGUGGAAUUCAAAUACGGCGGCUGCCUAGGCAAUGGCAAUAAUUUUGGGACCAAGAGGCAGUGCGAGAAAAGAUGUGCACGAUUAAAACACAUCUGUGGUUUGCUAACUGACCCGGGGCCGUGUCGGGCCAAUAUGACAAGGUUCGCCUAUAAUUCUACACUAGUUGCCUGUGUGGAAUUCAAAUACGGCGGCUGCCUAGGCAAUGGCAAUAAUUUUGAGACCAGGUGGCUGUGCGAGAAAAGAUGUGCACCCGAUUGGCUUACUCAUGCUUACAAUGAACUGGAGAUCGCCGAGCCCCGGUAA